AACCUUUCUCUCAAGUUGUCUAAAGUACUAUUUGCUUGCACAGGCCUAACAGACCGUGUCUGGACCUCCUUCCUAGAAGUGAAAGCUCAGCCAUGUCAUUAUUACACUAUCUCAGUUAUGUUGCUAUAGUUGCUGCUUUCGCAUUCAUGACACUUUCGCUUGCUAGCGGUCUGCUGUAUGUCUCAGAGCUAAUAGAGGAGCAUUCACGUCUUGCCAAGAUCAUCGGACAGCGGGGAACCUAUGCAAUAAUAGCGCUGCACAUUAUACUCUACAUUUCAGACUCACUCCCCCUACCACAGACGCUUUUCUCCAUAGUCUGCCACGUCGUCUACCUGCAAAACUUCUCCAGCACCUGGCCACUUAUCUCGCUCUCGUCUUUGUCCUUUAUUGCAUCCUGCAUUUUUGCAAUCUCGGACCACUUCAUUUGGUUCUUCUACUUCUCGCACCUCACACGGGAAGCAAGGCAGGUGUCACAUCUAUAUCGUAGUCCGAUCCAUUCUACAGUACCUGGGUUCUCGGAUAUUGCGACCUUCUUCGGGGUCUGCGUUUGGCUCGUCCCGCUCUUCCUCUUCCUGAGUUUGAGUGCGAACGAUCAUGCCCUCCCUACAUCAUCUGAUGUCGUUGUAAACCUAGGCAUACCCAGCACACCGGCCACCACCUUGCGAACAUUAGGGUCUCGUUCAAACUCGUCUCUGUUCAAAGCCAUGUUCGGUCUCAUUCCGUUUCUUCCCAAGGCGUUCAGACGUGAAGCGACAGAUGGGCUGAUCGCUCCGCAUACCCCCAAUCCCACGCGCCGGGAAAGCUCUCCUGCGCCUUCGUCACCGACAGUCUACACGCCCGGAGGGGUCCACGCUCUUGGCGGGACCGGUGCAUUGCCUCCCAGUCGAUUUAGGCUUGGUUCACCACCGCGGCGGGCGUCCCAGGUCCCUAGGAGGGUAACCGUUGAUAGUGGAAGCGCGACAAUGGCAGCGAGACGAAAUAAGUUAGACUGA